CAGUCGCGAGUAUUGGGACGGGCUGAUCAAUGUGAAGACGAGCAACUGGAAAUACACACUUGAGGAGCUGCAGCAGGGCACGCCGUCGCGAAGAAACGGGUCGGAGCUGAAGAAAGUGAGUUUCGAGGACGAGUGCCAAAAGCGAGCCAAGGGAAUAAUAUAUUUGUUCAAGUGUUGCAGACAGCUGCGUCUGUCGCGGUCGGUGGCGAUGACUGCGUCGUGCUACUUCCACAGAUUUUACAUGCGUCGGGACAUGCUGAGCCACCACUAUUUCGAGGUUGCGGCCACGAGUUUAUUUAUUGCUUGCAAAGCAGAAGAGUGUCGGCGUCGUCUGGCCGACGUUGUCAAAGUGUGCGCAAAAACUGCGAUGGCGAACAGUCAGGACCCGAUAGACGAGAACUCAAAGAUAUUCUGGCGCUGGAAGGACCUCAUGAUCAAUCUGGAGGAGAUGCUACUGGAAACGUUGUGUUUUGAGGUCACUCCUUCCAAUCCUUAUAAAUUGUGUCUGAGUGCUUUAAGACUGGAAGAAGACAUACCCAGAGAAACAGACUGGCUCAAGCGGUCAAAGGACCUCUUUAUACAGUGCACAAACGUCUACGAGUUGACUUCGCGAGUGCCGUUGGUUCUUCUGCACGAGACAAACGUGAUAGCCAUGCUGGGCGUUGUCUUAAGCUGCGCAAAAGACCAGAGUCUCAAGAUUCCUCCCGAGUUUGUGCAGGAGCUGGGCACGGACCAGGAACAGGUCUGGGCGUGCUACCAGGACCUGGUGGCUCUGGGCCGGCCUCUGGGUAGUCUGGAUCCGCCGUUCCAAGUUUUGCAGCAUCUGCCGAAACUCGAGUUUGAGCAGUUCACGGGGCUGUUUGGCGCAGCGGCGCCAGAUUCGGCGCCAGAAAAAAAUCAAGAACCGCUAGCGCAGGAUAAAAAAGAAGGAUAAUUAUCAUACGCCAUUUCUUAACAUGAGCACCAGUGCCAAGCUGAACAUUCUGACAGCGGAAGAGAUCCGCCAAAAAAAGUUCCUUAAACGGGGUUUGCAACUCAGCAUCUUGGUUGUUGGCCAGACGGGAACGGGUAAGAGCACAUUUAUCAACACUCUUUGCAACGAGGACAUCAUCACCACUAAUCGUCCUGCGCCUGCAGAUCUGUCGAUCGAAAGUCACUCUGCCAAGAUCUACGAGGGAGGGACCAGAAUUGACUUAGACGUGGUUAUGGCGCCAGGACUAGGCGACUUCAUCGACAACAGAGACUCGACUAAAUGUCUCACGGACUACAUUGAGAGCCAGUUUGAGAAGGUGCUGAACGAUGAAUGCAAGAUCCAGAGAACUCCUAAGGCCACGGACACGAGGAUCCAUGCUGCCAUCUAUUUCAUCAGACCGACAGGCAAGGGAUUGCGGGAGCUGGACAUUGCUUGCAUGAAGGAGCUGGGGAAACGGUGCAACGUGAUUCCUGUGAUCUCCAAGGCGGACAUUCUGUCUGAGGAGGAAAUUGCUUUGAACAGAAAACUGAUUCUACGGGACCUCGCCAAGAACAGAAUCAACACGUAUGACUUCUCAAACUGUUUUUCGGACAUUGACGAGGAGGACGAGGACUUGGCAGUCAGCAGCGUUCAGGAUCUGGUUCCAUUUGCCAUUGUGUGCGGUACGGACAGGGCCAUCAUCGACCAGGUGGAGUACAAAGUGAGACGUCUGCCGCACGGGCUCGUGAGAGUCGACGAUCCUGCUCACAGCGACUACAUUGUUUUGAGAACAUGUUUGCUGGGCGCGUGUCUGCAAGAUCUGAAGGACACGACUCACGGGAUCUACUACGAAAAGUACCGGACCGAGAAGCUCUCCAAGAAUCCGCCCGGAACGGGCUACAUGAAGCCUGGUUCAAGAGCCUCUAAGCCAACAAGUUCCGGGUCUCUAUUGGACAGACUGAGAACCAACGUUGGCUCCAGACAGUCGACGAGGGAAUAG